CUCCUCCUCCUCCUCCGCCUCUCGCCGGAGCGCGCCGCCGCCGCGUCGCGUUCUCGAAAUCUUCGAGAGCUUGUACGGUAGCAUCGAUUCCAUCAUGGUGCCACCAGGCAAUGGCAACGGCGCCGCCGCCGCCGCCGGCAACGACGUCAUCCUCGAGCUCAGCACUCCCGGCGACGACUGGAGCCACGAGCUGCAGGGCGACGACGUCGAAGCGAACGGCGGCGGCAACGGCGACGCGCCUCCGCGCCGGACGUUCAGCUUCGGCCAGGCCUACAAGACGCGGCACCGUCAGCCUCAGGUGUUCACGGUGUGGCAGACGCUGAUGCUGGGGUACCAGUCGCUGGGCAUCGUGUACGGCGACCUCGGGACGUCGCCGCUGUACGUGUUCCCGUCCGUCGUCCUACCCGACGCCGACGCCACCGACUUCCUCGGCAUCCUCAGCCUCAUCAUCUGGACCCUCACCCUCAUGAGCCUCGUCAAGUACGCCCUCAUCGUCCUCAAAGCCGACGACCAUGGCGAAGGUGGUACAUUUGCACUGUAUUCGCUGCUGCGUCAGCACGUGAAUUUCAAGGGGAACAUACCGGUGCCGCUCACACGGUUGGAGUCCGAUGUCCAUCUCAAGUUCCACAGCAAGAGGAGAAGCCGGCCGUCACGGCUGCAGCUGUUCUUGGAGAACAGCCCAAAGGCGCAACUGGCGAUCACCAUCAUCGUGCUGAUCGGAACCUGCAUGCUCAUCGGCGAUGGUGCCCUCACUCCAGCCAUCUCAGUUCUUUCGGCGGUCCAGGGAAUCCAGUCAAGAUCGUCGCAUAUCAAGCAGAAGCACGUCGUGGUGCUGAGCGCGGUGAUCCUGGUGCUCCUUUUCCUCGUCCAGCGAUUCGGCACCAGCAGGGUCAGCUUCACCUUCUCCCCAAUCAUGCUGCUGUGGUUUGCUUCGAUUGCAGGGAUCGGUGUUUACAACAUUGUGAUGCACUACCCACCUGUUCUGAAAGCCGUCUCGCCUCACUACAUAUAUUACUACUUCGCGAAGAACAAACGGGUUGGGUGGGAGCAACUCGGCGCGGUUAUUCUCUGCAUAACAGGUGCUGAAGCUAUGUUUGCUGAUAUGGGACACUUCAACAAGUCAUCAAUUCAGGUGGCAUUCUCAACGGCGGUGUUCCCAUCCCUGAUCCUGGCGUACUCAGGCCAGGCGGCAUACCUGAUCAAGAACCCGGGUGACCUGAGCACGGCGUUCUACAGCAGCGUCCCGGCGCCGCUGUUCUGGCCGAUGUUCGUCGUCUCCACCUUGGCCGCCAUUGUUGCCAGCCAGUCGCUCAUCUCUGCAAGCUACUCCAUCAUCAGGCAGUCCAUCGCCCUGGGCUGCUUCCCAAGAACCACGGUGAAGCACACCUCCGACAAGUACGAGGGACAGGUUUACUGCCCGGAGAUCAACUACGUUUUGAUGGUCGUGUGUGUUCUCAUCACCGUUGGAUUCCAGGGUGGGCCCGAGAUCGGCCGCGCUUUCGGUGUUGCAGUGAUCUGGGUGAUGCUGCUGACGACGACGCUGAUGACGGUGGUGAUGGUGGUGAUCUGGGAGGUGAACGGCGCGCUCGCCGGCGGCUUCUUCGUCUUCUACCUCGCGAUCGAGGGCACGUACAUGACGUCGCUGAUGACCAAGGUGCCGCAGGGCGGGUGGGUGCCGUUCGCCAUCACCGUCGCCUUCCUCUCCGUCACGCUCUCCUGGACGUACGGCCGCAAGAAGAAGCGCGAGUACGAGGCGCGCCACGCCGUCGGCGACGGCGAGUUCGCCGGCAUCGUGUCCCGGAGCGCCCGCGUCCCCGGGAUGUGCCUCUUCUGCACCGACCUCAUGGACGGCGUCCCGCCCAUCGUCCGCCACUACGCCGCCAACACGGGCUCCCUCCGCGAGCUCCUCCUGUUCGUCACGUUCCGGACGCUGCCGGUGAGGACGGUGCUCGCCGGCGAGCGGUUCCUCGUGGCGAGGGAGGGGGCGCGCGCCGGCGUGUACCGGUGCAUCGCCCAGUACGGGUACAUGGACGAGCAGGACAUGGUUGGGGACGACUUCGUCCGCGCUGCCGUCGCCGCGCUGGUCGAGGUGGCGGCGGCGGCGGCGGAGGCCGACUCCGGCGAGGAGGAGGCGGAGAUGAUCGGGCGGGCUCCGGCGAGCGGCGUCAGCUACGUGAUCGGGAGGACGGUGCUGAGGAUGCGGAGGGCGCGCAACUGGCCGAAGCGAUUCGUCAUCAACGAGCUCUACAGGUUCUUGCAGAAGAACUUUAGGUCCAACGUCUCCACGCUCAAGCUCGACCAUGCCAAGACCUUGCAGGUCGGGAUGAUUUAUGAGAUCUGAGACAAAUAAAUAAAUAAUGCAGCUGAUGAUGGAUAUUAAUCCAACUAGCUAUUCUAGUGUUUUA